AUGCCUCUGCAUCUACUAGGCAAGAAAUCAUGGAACGUCUACAACCCAGAGAACAUCGCGCGCGUUCGGCGCGACGAAGCGCAAGCCAAAGCCCGAGAAGAGGAACAAGAACGUCGCAUGCAGGAGGUCGACGCCGAGCGACGGAUCAAGAUUCUCCGCGGUGAACGACCGCCCACACCACCACCUGCCCCACGGUCGCCGUCGCCGGUCCAGGCCGACCGCCAAAGCCACGCAGAGCAUCCGAGGAGAUCGAGGAAGCGGAGGCGCCUGGCGGGCGAAAACGACACGGAUCGUGAUAUCCGGUUUGCGCGCGAAGAUGCGCAGCUGGCGCUUGCGAGGAGGACAGAGCCGGCGGGUCCGUCGCGCGCAAGUGAUGCCCCGCUUGAGGAUAGCACUGGUCAUAUUAACUUGUUUCCGUCUGAGGAGAAACAUGGGCGUGCGGAGAAGAAUUCAGAGGCUGAGAAGGAAGCUAAGGAGAAAGAGCGGAGGUUUGAGGAUCAGUAUACUAUGCGCUUUUCGAAUGCGGCGGGGUUUCGUAAGUCUGUUGGGGAGAAGCCGUGGUAUUCGUCCUCGGGGAAUAACGCUGUGGCGCCAGAGUCUAUGUCUAGUAAAGAUGUCUGGGGCGAUGAAGAUGUUUUGAGGGGCGAAAGGGAAAAGGCCCGGAUGAAUUCGAAUGAUCCCCUUGCGGCUAUGAAGAAGGGUGUUCGACAGUUGAAGUCGGUCGAGCUGGAGAGGAAAAAGUGGAACGAGGAAAGGAGGCGGGAGCUCGAAGCAUUAAAGUCAGAGGAACGACACAGGUCCCGCCGUCGCAGAAGAUCACAGUCGCAAGAUAGUCUUGAAAACUUCAAACUUGACGAUUCACCAGAUAGACGGGCUUCAGAAGGGAGGUCACAUCGGCACCACAGGCGGCACCGUCGUGAAAGUCGGGAGAGAGACCAUUCACGGGAUAGACAUUCUCGCUCGGAGAGACAUUCGCAUUCGGAGAGGCAUGCGCACUCACGUCAUCGUCAUCAUCAUCGCCGUCACGGUCGAAAUGAUAGCAGGCAUUAUCAUGACGCCGAGUCCCAAGCGAGACAUCAUCGUACACGCGAAGAGUAG